AUGGUACGAACGGUUAAAACAGCUAUGGAAAAAAAUACAACCCCAAACAAGUACGAAGGAUUAAACGAAUUCUUAUUAGCUUAUAGGAACACGCAACAUGCAGCGACGGGACAGACACCAGCAAAACUGAUGUUGGGACGAAAUGUUCGAAAUCAUCUGGAGAUGAUUAAAGAGACCAGCCAAGAAAGCCGAUCAAACGAUACACAAACGGAACAGAGAGGUCAAUUUAGGAUAGGACAACCGGUGUGGGCCAAAAUGUACAACGACAAGGAUAAUUUCUCUCUCACAGCACAAAAUUGUCAUGAGUUUUUAAUCCUAUCUAGUCGAAGUUUUGCAAUUGUGAUACUCUCAUUAAAUCCUGAUCUUAGUCAUGCAGUAUGUGUUUACUAUCUAGUCUUACGAGCUCUUGAUACCAUUGAAGAUGAUCUUACUAUUCCUUUGGAUAAAAAAUUGCCUUUACUCGAAGAAUUUUAUAAUAAUCUAUAUGACACUAGUUGGAGGUAUUUAGAAAGUCAAGAUAAAGAUAAAAUAGUGUUAGAAGAGUUUCCGAAUAUUUCUACAGAAUUUACAAAAUUACCACAAGAAAUUAGAUAUGUUAUCCAAGACAUUUGCAAACAAAUGGGUAAUGGAAUGGUAGAAUUUCUACAAAAAGAGAUAAAAACAAUUGAAGAAUGGGAAAAAUAUUGUUACUAUGUGGCUGGUCUUGUAGGACUGGGGCUAUCUAAGCUAUUCGUUUACAUUUCCUGUGAGAACCCUAUACUGUUACAGGAUGAUACACUGCCUAUUUCUAUGGGUCUCUUUCUGCAACAAACCAAUAUUAUACGUGAUGUUAGAGAAGAUGUUUUAGAAAAACGACGAUUCUGGCCAUCCAACCUGCUAUUCCAAUAUCUGAAAACUAAUCAUUACGAUUCGCUCAUUGAACCUAAAUACUUAGAAUCCUCGAUCGCUUUCGCUAAACACCUAAUUUAUUUAGCACUUAAACACGUCCCCAAUACCUUGCUAUUCCUGGCCCUUGUCAAAGAUCCUUCCAUUUUCCGGUUUUGUGCUAUUCCACAGGUGAUGGCCAUAGCAACCUUAACAUUAUGUUACGAUAACCCUGCCCUCUUCGAAAAUCACGUCAAAAUUCCUCGUUCAGAAACCGUUAAAAUAUUUAACAAUUGCCAAGAUCUAACCAACACCAAAACCAUGUUACAUUAUUAUGCCCUUAAAAUUAAACACAAAAUGAGCAUAUCAAAAACAACCAGUGACAUUGAAUCAUCAAUUGAGCAUAAAAAGGAAAUGUGUCAUCUUAUGGAUAAAAUAUUAUCUCUAACCCUUACUGAAUACUAUCAACCAUCAUUGGGUAAAGAAUUUGAUAAAUCCACUAUAAUCGAUCACAUGUCAAGCAUUUCAAGAACAAAAAUUUAUAGUCCCCCCAUAUUUUGGAUUCCACGUUGUGAUUUUAAGUACUCUUUAUGGAGUGCAGUUAUCAUUCCGAUCAUUGUAUACUAUAUUUGGAGAAUCAUAAGCACAUUUUUUUAAUUUUAUACAUUAAAUUAUUUAAUUCUAAUUCUCCAGCUUUUAAAAAGUUGUAUUCAAUUAUUCUCAUCCAUAUAUAUUUUUA